AUGGCAGUUCCCAAAAUCGAAGCAAAGACCUGUGUUUCGUGCCCCAUAGAGGAACUGCUUUCGCUCAAGCGUCAGCGUGACCAUCUGGAGAAAGAGACAGUACCGCGGCUGGAAGAGGACGUGUGCCGACUAAAGAUGGAUCUCGAGCAAAUGGAUAAACUGAAGGAGUUGUACGCGGAUGUUGAACUUAAGGCGAAGGCGCACGAUAUGGAGAAGGCAGAGCUCAAGGAUGCUCAGAACAAGGCCCUUGAGUCGUUUAUGUUGCAACGCUCGCAACACCAAGAGGAAAUCAAGCAUAUGGAAGAACAGAUUUCAGUUCUUCAAAGGACGAUUGCGGAGCAGGAGACGAGGCUCGCUGACACGUCGAAAGACGAGUCUCUCGCGCAGAUGCAGCGUACCUUGUCUCAGCUUCAAGACGAGUUUGAGAAAACGGCCCAGGCUAAAGCGGAAAUGGAUGUCCAGCUGAGCAGGAAACAAACCGAAAUGGCCGAUAUUAUACGUGCUCACGAGGAGGAGGCGAGAAACCUACAGUUAACCAUUGUGGAACUUAAAGAACAACGAAGUCAGAUCGAGGCCAUUCUUCAGGAAAGCCAGCGAGCGAGCAAGCGAGAGGCAGCCGAAGCCUGGGAGAGGGAGCAGAAUUUGCGGAAGGAAACUGCAAACAUGAAGAGCCGCAUGGAGGAGGAAAAGGACACGGAAGUGAAACUGGAAGAAGUGAGAGAAUCCCACUUGUGCGAGAAGCAGCAGUGGAUGCGAGACUUGGAAAAUCUAAGAGAAGAACAUGAUGGAGAAUUGCUGAGAGCGCAGCAAAAGCUAGAAAUCGAGGAGAAGAGGCAUGUCGAAAAUAUCGAAAAACUGAAGAGGGAGCAUCGGUCAGAGCUGGACGAUCUGAAACUCGCGUUAAUUAAACAAACUCAGCAGCAGCUGUGUGAUCUCAAACAAAAGUGUGAUGCCCAGGCAGAACAGCGCGUACAGGCUUUGAAAAAGCAGCUGGACACCGCGAGCGCUGCACAUGCAGAGGAGCGAGAAAGGUUGGAGUCCAGCAUGGAACAGCAGAUAUCUGCAAUAGAAGCUCAGAUGCAAGAGAAGGUCGAGCAGUUUGAGGCGACGAAAAACAAACUUCUGCAACAGUGUGAACAAAGCAACAAAGAAUCGGAGGAGAGGCGAAGGACAGUUGAGACUCUUCAGGGAGAAGUGGUUUCGCUAGACACGACACUUAAAGAUAUUCGCGCAGAGAUGAGAUCACAGCAGAACCGUCACGUCGAAGAAGUUAAAAACCUUACCGCGGAGCAUGCGGCAAAGAUUGAGGAAAUUGAGGGGAUCCAUCGUCAAAAAUGCGCUGCUAUGGAGGCAGUAUAUGAGCAAACGUUGGAAGCCAAGAAGUACGAAAUGGAAUUCCUGGAACAAGAGCACUCGAAGAAUCUCGAGCGGGCACGAGAAGAGCUGAGCACCCUUCACUCGAAGCUCCAGGGUCGCCCUCCAAGAGAUGAAGAUGUAAACCUCAUUGCCCUUCUUAAUGACAGGCUCGUCUACUGCGAGAGCCAAAUGGACACUCUUCAGCAGAAAAUUCAAACGUACAAGCUCGAGCUCCUUAACCGGGAGACAAACUACAACAGAUUGUUCAACGCUCACCCGGUCAUGGGCGUCGUGGAUCCCCGAGCUUUAGAAUUGUCCACAUCAAGGCGAAGUGACAGCGGCAGGCACCUCGCGACAGCACCGAAAGGGCCGGAAUGGAGACCGCCCGGUUACUUGUCGGAGACAUCCAGAAAGGUCAGUUCGUCAAAGUUUGGAAGCCUCACGAACUUCCUGAAAGAUAAACUUUCUCAGAAAAAGCUGGCUGGGUUUGACAAACUGCUUGGGCAAAAGGCGGAACCUUUCCCUGCCCUCGAAAGUACUCAGGGGGACAGUGCCCAAGAUUGA